AUGAAGUACCUCAUAAUCGUCUUGAUUGGAGGUCUUAUUGCUUCUCCUUGUCUCUCUGUCGAUCGUAGUAAUUCGGGACCCGAAUGGGAUUCGCUUAAAGUUACAUGGGGCCCGAAUCCAAUCAGUAAGAAGUAUUUUGUCCGCCAGCCAUUGACCGUUAACGAGGCAAAAAAGGAAGGUUUUGUUCAGAUCUCUACUCAAUGCGAUGGAACAUUUCUGGGACAACGUUUCGUAAAAGACAACGAUAUCGCCCUAGUGUUGAUCUACGAUAUACAGGGUAGCAUUGCCGGAAUACAAUUAGCAUUACCGACCAGCAUAGCAAAAAAACAAUUUUAUAAAUUUGACACACAAAAAAUGUUCAAUCGAGCUACAGUUGCAGGUAUCGAUGCCUACGUGUUGACAGCCUACUUUGUUGAUCCGCGUAACAUUUGUACAGCGGGUCGAGACGUAGCUCGUCUUAAAUCGGAAGUUUCAGGUACUGGCCUUUGGCUACAACAAGGAUCUGAUCCUAUUCGUGAUUCUGUUCAAGCACCAUUAUAUGAAAAUACGGUCAAUACGACGAAAUGGGUGAAAGGCUCAUGUUUUCCAUCGAUGGGUGCUCACUAUUGGUACGAUAAUCGACUCGACAAGGAAUGUGACGAAAUAUUUCCCGUAUUUCUUCUGUACAAUAAGAGUAAAUUGACAGGGUUUGGAUGGGGUCUUGCCGGCAAAUAUGAAUAUACACAACGAACAGAACCUGUUCCUUACGCAGCAGUUUCUAGCUUUAUGAGAAUCGUACCGAACUGUCUGAAAAAGUUUUUCGAUGAUAUCGGUGGAUUCACAGCUAUGCAUCUUUACUUUAAUACGGCGCCGUGGAACCUCCUCUGUUAA